GAGCGCUGGUGACGUCGGGCAGGGAUCUGCAGGCAGGUGCUGUUGCCUCGCGCCAGUGCCGCUUUCGCCGCUGCUGCUGCUGCAUUAGCUGGGAGACCAGAAGCGCGUUCACGGGAUGGCUUCUGCAACAGACGCUCGCUAUGGCCAGAAGGAGUCCUCAGACCAGAACUUUGACUACAUGUUCAAGAUCCUGAUCAUUGGCAAUAGCAGUGUUGGGAAGACCUCCUUCCUCUUCCGGUACGCUGAUGACUCCUUCACUCCGGCUUUUGUCAGCACCGUUGGCAUCGACUUCAAAGUGAAAACCAUCUAUCGCAAUGACAAGCGCAUUAAACUGCAGAUCUGGGAUACAGCAGGGCAGGAACGAUACCGGACUAUCACCACUGCCUAUUAUCGAGGGGCUAUGGGUUUCAUUUUGAUGUAUGACAUCACCAAUGAGGAGUCCUUCAAUGCUGUCCAGGAUUGGUCAACUCAGAUCAAAACUUACUCAUGGGAUAAUGCCCAAGUACUGUUGGUAGGUAACAAGUGUGACAUGGAAGAUGAGAGGGUUGUAUCAUCAGAGCGAGGACGUCAGCUUGCUGAGCACCUGGGAUUUGAGUUCUUCGAGGCCAGCGCGAAGGACAAUAUUAACGUGAAGCAAACCUUUGAACGUUUGGUGGAUAUCAUUUGCGAAAAGAUGUCCGAGUCACUGGAUGCAGCUGAUCCAGCUGUGACCGGUGCCAAGCAGGGCCCACAGCUGACCGAUCAACAAGCUCCCCCACACCAGGAUUGUGCCUGUUAAGAGACUUUGGUGUGGAUACCCCAACUUUUCCUAUCCCACCCACCUUGCCUGCCUCAUGUCUCGCAGUAAUCAGAGCCCCUAGAUCCUUGACAGUUUGUGCUCUCUGUCUUCCCUACCACCACCAUACACACCAUUCAGCUAUCCCAUUGCUUAUCCUUCUGGGGUGGGUGGCCAAGACUCAAACCCAGAGCUUUUUCACCUUUCUGUGAGGGCAUUUGAAUGCUUCAGAAGCUACUCCCUUUAACCUUUGGGUGGAUAGAGGCUGUACCUUCCUAUAUGCCCCCUCCCCCCAGGUCCAAGCUGAGAGUCUUUUUUGAUGAGUGUGAAAAGGGGGUAGGGGCAGAGCUGGAACUUUUAACUGUUCUUAGUGGGUUUUAUUUAUUUAUAUAUUUAUAUUGUUCCUGUUUACAUAUUUGAACAUCUUUUCCCUCCUCCUGCUUCAUACCUUCUUUAAGGGCCACAGUCCCCCUGCCUUUCCUGCACUCGGCAUUAACAAAAAUAGGUUGAAGCUGAUGUCCAAGACUCAAGGGGAUUUGACAGUGUCUUCGCAGGAAGUAAAAUAUAUCUGUCAGAAGCAUCUCCCUUUCCUCCUGACCGCUGAUUAUGGGCUGUAGAGAAAAAAAAAAUUCAGGCAGACUGAGUUAGCUGGGAACUAUCUCAUUACCAGCUCUGAAUUGGGCUAUUGUUUGUAAUGCUGCUAAGUGAGAUUAACCUCAACCCCCCCCCACAUUUUUUUAGCUUCAGUUUAUGCCUGCUUCUUGCAUGCUGUUUCCCCCACCAUGAAUGAAAAUAAUAGGUUUGAAGGUGAAUGCCUUUCUUCACAUAAUGGCAGGAAUUUCCAACUUAAUACUAUACCUCUUGUCAUGGUGGAUUCUAAGGCAUUAGAUCACUCUAGGUCUAGUUGUACCAGGUCACUUAGCAAGAAGAGGCUUGCAUGGGUCGAUCCUUUUCCAUUCAGAUAGAAGGGGAGGAACGCUCCCUGUAUGUAGAAAAUGACCGUGUUUGGAAAAGGGAUAGACUAGAUCCUUUUGCUCAGCCAGCCAGGAAUUUGUAGUGGUGGAAUUGCUCCACCACGUGCAGUCUGAUGUGGCAUAGCCUACACCCAGAUUUUCCAGCCCCUCCCCUUGAGAAAGACAGGACUAAAUUGGAACCAAUUCUCGCUGGCUGGCUGGCUAUAGCAAAGAGGUGCCCUUUGGGCUAUGUGUAGCAAAGCUCCUCACCUGCCUGGGGAUGCUGAAGGUGAAAGCUGAUGGGAGUUUCCUUGUUCUGCUGCCAUCAUGCUGCCCUGCAGAAGAUGGUUCUCCCUCUUUCACCUUGCCGAGUGUAUAAACACCUGCUUUGCGUGCUCCUUUUCCCGUCUUCCUCUGUGUACAGAUAAAGGGGGAAAAAAAGAGCAAUCUCUCCAGUUCCAUGUAAAUAGAAGUAGCUGGUGAAGUUCUGUGUGUGCGUACAAACCUUUCAUUGCUGUGUUGUGAUUUGUGUUGGUGUUUUUAGUUUACGUUAUUUUUAAAAGAAGUCGCCCUGCCUGAUGGGUUUUCAUGGAAUAAUGUAUUUAUUUGAAAAGAGAAAGGCCGGGAGGCAGCUGGAAAACUCAUCUUGGCUGAUCUAAAAACCAAAUGAGAAAAUCAAAGAUUUUUUUGUCAUUUUGGAAUGGUUUCUCCACUGCCUUCCCUUCCUAAACAGACCUGAGCUUUGCGGGGCUUGAGUUGAACCUGAUGUUGGUUUAAGUCAUACAUCCCCCUCAGUCCAGCAUCCUUUUUCCUUAGCAUGGACUGGGGCAGGUUGGGGUUAAAUUCUGUCAACAGCCACUGUCAUCCUUCUCCUACCCAUAAUCCUCCUCCCCUUCCCCAUUGCUAUCCUUAAUUUAUUUUUCAUGGAAGCUCUGUAAGGUUUUGUUUUACAAAUUCUCGGACACAAUAUGCCCUCUCUCUUUCUCUGUCUCUGUCUCUCCCUCCCUUUUUUUGGUGAAGUUUACUUCAAUGGAAAAAAAAAUGCUGUACUGUAUUUAAAAAAAAACCUGUCAGAAGUGUCAAAAUAAAUAAAUUCAGUUUCCUAAAACAAGCAAACAAAAAUCACUGUACUAAGGAGAUAUUGUGAAGAAAUAAAAUGGUUAAUCACAAAA